UUCUGCGGGAAUGUGGGCUGGGGCGGUCCAGCCGCGGUGCCAGUCUCCAGUCUGCCGCCGGGUCUGCCCGUGAUCCAGGCGCGCCCGCCGCUCGGUGGCCGGAGCGCCGGCGGAGCGCCAUGGCCUGCAUCCUGAAGAGAAAGUCGGUAAUUGCGGUGAGCUUUAUAGUGGCAUUCCUCUUCCUGCUGGUUGUGCGCCUGAUAAAUGAAGUGAAUUUCCCAUUGCUCCUAAACUGCUUUGGACAACCGGGUACAAAGUGGAUACCAUUCUCUUACACAUACAGGCGGCCCCUUCGGACUCACUAUGGAUACAUAAAUGUGAGGACACAAGAGCCUUUGCAACUGGACUGUGACCUUUGUGCCAUAGUUUCCAACUCAGGUCAGAUGGUUGGACAGAAGGUGGGAAAUGAGAUUGAUCAAUCAGCUUGCAUUUGGAGAAUGAACAAUGCCCCUACCAGGGGUUAUGAAGAAGAUGUUGGCCACAUGACUAUGAUCCGAGUGGUGUCCCAUACCAGUGUUCCUCUUUUGCUAAAAAACCCUGACUAUUUUUUCAAAGAAGCAAAUACCACUAUUUAUGUUAUUUGGGGUCCUUUUCGCAACAUGAGAAAGGAUGGCAAUGGCAUCGUUUACAACAUGUUGAAAAAGACGGUUGAUGUCUAUCCAAAUGCCCAAAUUUAUGUGACCACAGAGAAGCGUAUGAGUUACUGUGAUGGAAUUUUUAAGAAGGAAACUGGGAAAGAUAGAGUCCAGUCCGGCUCCUACCUCAGCACAGGAUGGUUUACCUUCAUUCUGGCCAUGGAUGCCUGUUACAGCAUCCACGUGUAUGGGAUGAUAAAUGACACCUACUGUAGGACAGAAGGGUACAGAAAAGUUUCCUAUCACUACUAUGAACAAGGAAGAGAUGAAUGUGAUGAGUAUUUUCUACAUGAACAUGCUCCAUAUGGGGGACACAGGUUUAUCACCGAAAAGAAAGUAUUUGCUAAAUGGGCCAAGAAACACAGAAUAGUAUUUACACACCCAAACUGGACAGUGUCUUGAUGUUGGAUGCAUACCUCUUAACAUUAUUGUGAUACUGCAACUGUGCUGUUGAUGAAGCAGAUGAUGAUGGUGGUGAUAAUUAGAUAAACACAACAGCAAUGGUCAAGUUCCUGUAUAUUCUCUAGUAUGAAUGAUGGCUCUGCUAGCAAUUUGAACUUGGUGUUCUGUAGAAGGUGGCUGUACUCAUUCUGUUCCUUGAAGGUUCAACACUACAUACUGCAUUUUAUAAUUUAACUGGAAUUAAAAUGAAGGCCAGUAACAUGACAACUGUGACCUAAGAAAUGGGAAAAAUAUCCUUCAAGAUAGCUGUCCAGAAUUCUUCUGUAGUCACUUCCAAAAGCCAUAGACUUGGCAAGGUUAUUGAGUGCAUAGCCUUUUGAGUCUGGGCAACUCUCCACCAUCUUGAAGAACAGUUAACUGUCAAACACUGUCCCAAGAAAUGCUACCAAGGUACAAGUAUCUUACCACAGUUGCUAGUUAAGCUGAGGAAGAGAAGGUAUUUCUUUCGUAUAUACCUUAUUCCUUCAAUACUUCCUACAGUUAAAACCUCCAGCCAUUAUAUAAUUAAAGAUGAAGACAGUCUGGAGGUUUUAUACAUCAAGAUUACUUGACUAUUUCAAACACUUAGUUCAAGAUGUACCGAGUGGCAAACCUUGAUGAAUUUCUACUGUUGACUUCAUUGUUACUGCUCAAAACAGUAUGACUAAGCAUAUUAUUAAAAUGAUCUGUAUUCAUGUUUAUUUUCAACUCAGUACUAAAUAUUUCAAAAGGCUACUUAACAUGUAAGAUACCAACUUCAACACUGUAAUAACAUAAACUGUGAAAAUAUUCCUAGAAUAUAACCAAAGGGUUUCAUAACUCUGCUUCAACUUCCAACAACUACAAAAAACAUGCUUUUUUAAAAUCAUGAAAUGGAGAAAACAAAACAUAUUUUUACAUCAAUUUAUAGUCUAUCAUAACUCAUAAUAUAUAUUUGUUAUUCAAA